AUCGGUGAGGCUGAGAGUAAAUUCACUACAAAAACUGAGUGUCCUCCCCCGCAAAAAAAAAAGUUGUUAGCUAAAAAUUGCCAUUGUUUUUUCUCGUUUGAUCUUGCUUUCUUUCAAAAAAAAAAAAUCGGUUUCUGUGUUUAUUUAUGUUUGAAUGGUUUUAAUUGAUUAUUCAUACGAAAAUUCAAGCUUAUGAAACUGUGUUUUUCUACCUGCACAUUUAAUUGAAAUAUUUUUCUUCUGAAUUUUUCGUUUUAUUUUUCGUAGAUUUAGUCGAGGGUUAUUUUUUGUUCCCUCCUCUUGGAUCUAAACAAGGUUGCUUAUUUCAAACCUUUUACGAUCCAUUUUAUUUUCUUGAAUCUUUUCGGAAAACCCUGUUCUUUACUUUUGACAAAGAACCAGGUGUAAAUUUUCGGAUUCAAAAUUUUAUUUCUCUUUUUAAAAAAAUUAAAAUCUACAAAUCAUAAUGGAAGCUGCUAUGAAUAUGUACAGUAGCAAAACGUUUCAACAGCCAGAUUCGUUUGGUGGUGGUGAACUCAUGGAAGCGCUUGUACCUUUUAUAAAUAGCGUUUCCAACUCCUCUCCCGCGUCUGCGUUUAUUCAACCCGCAGCGUCUGCGUUUUCUCCUUCUCUACCACCUACGUUCCCCGGCUAUUACCCGCAAGACUAUUCAACGUUCAUGACCCAACCGUUCACUUACGGUUCGGAUCUUCUUCAAACCGGGUCAUUAACCGGACUAAACCACCUCUCUACCUCCCAAAUCCACCAGAACCACAACAACACCUUCUCAAGUCUUCUCAGCCCUAAGCCUUUACUGAUGAAACAGUCCGGAGCCACGGGAUCUUGUUUCGCCUACGGUGCUCCUCCGAAGCCGACGAAGCUGUACAGAGGCGUGAGGCAACGUCACUGGGGAAAAUGGGUGGCGGAGAUCCGUUUGCCGAGGAACCGUACUCGUCUCUGGCUUGGAACGUUCGACACGGCGGAGGAAGCUGCCUUGGCUUACGACAAGGCGGCGUAUAAGCUGCGCGGCGACUUCGCCCGGCUUAACUUCCCUAACUUACGUCACAACGGUUCCCACAUCGGAGGAGAGUUCGGUGAAUACAAACCGCUUCACUCCACCGUAGACGCUAAGCUCGAAGCUAUUUGUCAGAGCAUGGCGGAGGCGGAGAAGCAGGGCAAAACCGCGACGAAAGCGUCGAAGAAACGUGCCUCCUCGAAGACGGUUUCAUCGCCGGAGAAAGUCAAGGCGGAGGAUAAGUCUCCACCGGUGACGGAGUUCGUUGAGUCCGCCGGUUCUUCGCCGUUGUCGGACUUGACGUUCGCCGACACGGAGGAGCCGCCGCAGUGGAACGAGACGUUUUCGUUGGAAAAGUACCCGUCGUACGAGAUAGAUUGGGCUUCGAUCCUGUCGUGAUCAGUUCGUGUAGUUUGGUUUGGUAAUAGUAGGGGUAAAUUAGGGAUUUUAGAAGCCGCCUGUAAUGGAGUUUUUGGAAAUUACAUGGAGAGGCUUGAUAGGGUAAUUAUCUUUAUGAUUAGUGGGGUUAAAUCUCGUAUGUGUUAAUAUUAUGUUUGUAUUAGUCUCUGUGUCGGUCGAGCUGCGGUUUUUUGUCAUGCUUCGACCAUGCCACAGAUUUCAUUUUAUGUAAUUUUUCCUUUUUGGUCUAUGUAAUUUCUAGCUUCGUUUUCUUUAUCAUAAUGUGAUGUUUUUAGUUUAGUUUUCUAGUAAAUUCCAAUCUUCCCUAUGAAUUAUGAUCCUUAAGAACAUGCUUAC